UCCUCGGAAUGCAUCGGAAGUGUUCCAGAUAGAGCUGUAAACAAAGUAAUGGAGGGAAACAUCUUCGCGUCUACGGAGACUGUUGAGUGUCCCUUGUGUUCGCAGAGUUUCCAGCCCUCGGUAAUCAACAGACAUGUGAACAAUUGUUUAAACAGGAAUGACAGCAAUUCUUCAACAGGCAGCGCGAGUCAGGCUAAAAAACGAAAAAGCAGUGAAGGGCCAGGAACAUCCCCUCAGAGUCAGAAAUCUGCUUGGGGUAGCCUAAAACCACAAAAAGGAGCAACAGCAGGUCCUAGUACGAAGAAAGCAAAAACAAGUUCACCGAAGAAAGCUCAAUCGAAGAAAAAUCAAAAUCAUAAUGAUGCUCAACGUGACGAUAAUAGUCAGGAUACCGAAAAUACCCCAUUUGUUGACAAGAAACAGUCUAACAACAUUCCAGUUUUUGGCAUGGUACCGAAAAAUGAACAUUCUGACAGUGUUAGUGGUUCUGUACCUCUUGCAGAAAAAUUGCGACCACUUGUUUUAGAUGACUUUGUAGGCCAAGAAAAGGCAGUUGGAAAGAAAAGUAUGCUCAGAAGUUUGAUGAAAAGUAAUGAUAUUCCAUCCAUGAUUUUAUGGGGCCCUCCAGGUUGUGGAAAGACAACAUUAGCCAAGAUUAUUGCAAACAGCUGUAAAAUAAAGGGGAAAUACAAAUUCACCACGAUGUCAGCCACUUCAGCAGGGGUCAAUGACGUCAAAGAAGCAGUCAAGGUCGCCAAAAAUGACCAGAAAAACCUAGGAAGGAGAACAAUUCUGUUUCUAGACGAGAUUCACAGGUUUAAUAAAUUACAACAGGAUGCCUUGUUGCCCCAUGUUGAAGAUGGAACCAUAGUCCUCAUUGGAGCCACAACAGAAAAUCCAUCCUUUCAAGUAAACAGUGCUCUCCUAAGUAGAUGCAAGCUGAUUGUACUUGAGAAACUGGAGGCUAGCCAUAUUGAGAAGAUCUUAAAAAGAGCUUGUGACCACAUCUCAGCUCAGAUCUUCAAGAAAGAUGAGGAAAUUGAGGAAAAUGAUGAGGUUGCUGCAUGGAUAGAGAAGGAUGCCAUCAAAAGUCUUGCAAACUUGUGUGAUGGUGAUGCCAGGUGUGCCUUAAACAGCCUACAAAUGUCCAUACAGUCUCAGCAGACAGAACAGGGAGGCAUGGUGGUGGUCACAGUAGACGACAUCAGGGAGGUUCUGCAAAGGGCACAUGUCCUGUAUGAUAGAGCAGGCGAUGAACACUAUAACAUAAUAUCAGCCCUGCACAAAUCUAUUCGGGGUUCGAGUGAGAGUGCUGCCCUCUAUUGGCUGGCCAGGAUGUUAGAGGGGGGCGAAGACCCACGGUACAUUGCUAGGAGACUUAUCAGGAUUGCCAGUGAGGAUAUUGGUUUGAGUGAUCCUCAGGCCCUGAAUCAAGCAGUGUCAGCAUACCAGGCCUGCCAUUUUGUAGGAAUGCCGGAGUGUGAUGUGAACUUGGCUCAGUGUGUGGUAUAUUUGGCCCGUGCCCCUAAGGAGGUAGAAGUGUACCAGGCAUACAGUAAAGCCAAAAAUUCAGUUGUCAACCACAAGGGGCCUUUGCCAUCUGUACCUCUUCACUUAAGGAAUGCCUCAAACAAAGUCCUCAAGUCAUUAGGAUAUGGCAAAGGAUACAAGUACAAUCCAAAUUACGAAGGUCCAGUGGAACAGGAAUACUUCCCUCCGGAACUUAAAGGCACUGACUUUUUCUCAUAAAAUUCCCGAAAUUAUGUGCACUUUCAUAGAAUAAAAAUAUUUGUGGUCUGAGGGAUUUUUGUACUAUUUGGGAUAUAUUGUAUUAAAAAUCAUUGUUAUUGAUGGUUUGUUAAAACUUUCUUAGUUACAUGUAUUCAAUAAAACACAUGUGGUCUUGA